GCCCCCUGCGGAAGGUCCCCAUGCUCAAGGCUCCUCUGUUCCAGGAGCCUGUGGGCUGGACAAUGAGGCUGGCCGCCGCCAUCCUGUGGCUGGGUCUCCUGAUGGUGGUCACUGGAGACGUGGAAGAAAAUGACCUGUGCGAAUACGAGGCCCUGAUGGACGAGGAUGUCGUCCUGUGCAGGGGCCUCGAAGUUCUGUACCCAGAGCUGGGGAACGUUGGCUGCAUGUUCAUCCCUGACUGCAACAACUUCAGACAGAAGAUCACCUCCUGGACGGAGCCCAUUGUCAAGUUCCCGGGGGCCCUGGAGGGCGCGACCUACAUCCUGGUCAUGGUGGACCCGGACGCCCCCAGCAGGUCCGAGCCCAAAGCGAGAUUCUGGAGACACUGGCUGGUCACGGACAUCAAGGGCGCCGACUUGAAGAAGGGGAAGAUUCAGGGCCAGGAGCUAUCAGCCUCCCAGGCCCCCCCCCCGCCGGCACACAGUGGCUUCCACCGCUACCAGUUCUUCGUCUAUCUUCAGGAAGGAAAGGUCAUCUCUCUCCUUCCCAAAGAAAACAAAACCCGAGGCUCCUGGAAAAUGGACAGCUUUUUGAGCCGCUUCCACCUGAGCGAGCCCGAAGCAAGCACCCAGUUCAUGACUCGGAACUACCAGGACUCGCCAGCCCCCCGGGAUCACAGAGGCAGCAGGCGCAAGUCCACGUUCAGACCCAAGCACAGAUGACCGCCCGCCGGCCGCAGGCCUCACCGUCCCCGCUUGUGUCCACGCUGCUCGCCACCAACGGCCGGGCAUGGAGCCCUCUGGGUAUGGAACCCCUUCCCGUCAAAUUAAAAACCAGUCAUCCUGGA